AUGAACAAUCCACUAACAACUGCCAAGCCUGGUACUGGCAUGAUUGUUGCUGUGAAAGGGCUUAACCAAGAACAUCUGCCGGGUCACAAAGAAUGGUUGGCGGAAAUCAACUACCUUGGGCAGCUGCAUCAUGAAAAUCUUGUGAGGUUGAUUGGUUACUGCUUAGAGGAUGACCACCGACUUUUGGUGUAUGAAUAUAUGCCUCACGGAAGCUUGGAUAGACAUCUAUUUAGCAAGUCUUCUACCUCCCAACCACUUCCGUGGAGCCUUCGUAUGAGGAUUGCCCUUGGUGCUGCUAAGGGUCUAGCAUUUCUUAACAGUGAUCUGCAAAUGAUUUGUUAUGACUUCAAAACUUCUAAUAUCCUGCUGGAUUCGAUGAACAAUGCUAAACUUACAAAUUUUGAUCUGGCCAGAACAAGGGUCAUGGGGAGGAGAUAUGGGUAUGCAGCUCCUGAGUAUAUAGCCACAGGUCAAUUAACUGCCAAAAGUAAUGUGUAUUCUUUUGGGGUUGUUCUGCUCGAAAUGGUGUCUGGCAGACCAGUUUUGGACAAGAAUCGGCCAUCCAAAGAACACAAUUUAGUUGAAUGGGCCAAGCCUUACCUUGCCAGCAAACGCGAAGUUUUCAAAAUUUUUGAUGCUCGUAUUAAAGGACAGUACUCUUUGAGUGACGCUCGCAAAGUUGGUAAACUAGCAAUUCGAUGCUUAGCAGCAGACCCCAGGUCUAGGCCAAACAUGAACGACGUGGUAAAAACAUUGGAGCAGCUUCAGAAAAGUGAACCUUCCCCAAGUGCGGCUGAUCCUUUGAAACCGGUCUGACAUGAAGUGGGAGUAAUUUUUGCCUCCAUUCUACCAAAUCUUCAAAUUAGUCCUACCAGCAGAAUCUUUACAGAACCGUUAUUUUGAAAGUUUGGAAAACAGUAGAUAGUUUUGUUAAACCAAUUUCUUGAGUUUUCUACAUUUACUUUAUUUAUGAAUUUAUGAGUAAGAAUUAUUUCACUUUGUAA